UGUCACCCGAAAGUAAAAAUAUAUAACGAAACGAAACUAUUAGUGUAAAUUUUUAGGGUAUUUUCUACAUUUACAAUAGUCUCAGGAUUCGCUGACUGAAACUUAUUUUUGGGCUACUUUCUUCGUAAUUUAUUCAGUUAUAGGUAAUGAGUAAGACUAUAUUAGUUUUAUUUACAUCUAGCGGACACAUUUACUAGUACUGAUGUUUUUCUGCUAUGCAAGCUUCACAGAUCAAACAGCAACUUAUUGAGAUAUUCAAACAAAAUUAGUUAUAGUUUUCGCGAAUUUAUGCCCCGCCCCCAUCCAUUCUGAGCUUUUCGUCCCCUCUUCCCCAUCCUGUUUCUUUUGCUUUUAACUGUUGAAUCAAUAAUUUUACCAACGGCAGAUUUACGAAGUCGAACGGCUUGCAUAGUUAGCUUUUUCCGGUGACUCAUCAUCCAGUGUUUACUGAUUUUCUUUCUGUUUUAAUUAACACUUAUUAAAACAUAUUAUUAUCGUUAUUCGUUAGACUUCCCUGACCAGUGUGGGGGACUGUUUCAGUUUUAGAUUCAAGUCUCGAUUAGUAAAUUAGUUAAAAUACUCUUUUACUUUUAGACUCUUUCACUUUGCCAGGGAUGCUGGAUGUCAGUAUGUAGUAUGUUGUGAUUGUGAGAAUGUAGUGCAGUGUAAAGUGCCCUGUAAAUAGCAUUAAAAGGACAAGUGCGACUAGGGCUAAGGUAUAACUUUUCUAAAAUGGAGAAUGAUUCAGAAUCAAUUGUCAGUUCAAUAGCAGACUUCUAAUUUUCUGUGUAAUUUUUAAUCUUGCGAGCUAUUCUUCCUCUUGUUGACUCACUGUGUUAGUGCUAUGGAUAAUAUGUAGUAGUAAAGUAUAGUCAUAGUCUAUAGUUGAAGUGUUGUUUAGCCCCUUUGAAGAGUAUUUUUAUUAUGUACGUUUUGCAAUAAUAAUAAUGGUAUGUGAAAUAAUAUAAGAUAUUUUUAUUUAACUAAAUAAAUGGAUUUUUUUUUCAAUCAUCGAACAUAUUUUUUUAAGUCUUGAAAAAGUUUUUGGUUGUUCCUUAAAAUGUUCCUCAGGGCACCGGUCAAAUGAAAAUAUCACAAGGAACAGAGCACAGUAAACAAAAUUACCAGCACUAACACACCCAGCGGGUGAAUCUGGAUAACAAGUUGACCGAGACUUGUGACUUAUGCAACCUUGUCACCACAUGGCAUCAAGUCAUGUUUCCAUUCACAUGAUAAGCCUUUCCUCCGCCCCUCCAUGUCACGACCAAUCGCAGUGGACUUACUUCUCCUCUUUUCUUUCCCUUUUUUCCUGUAUUUAAUUUCUCACCAUUUUACUGUCACAAUUAUUUGCUGCCCUCUCAGAUACUAAUUGUCAUCUAACUGCUAUUUAAUUUAAUUCUGUUUGUUUGCUGAUGAAAGAUUCCUGCCGACACGUUCGUUGUGUUGCUGCGUUCAUUUUUUUUCAGGUUUUCCCAUCCUUUAUUUUCUAAUUUCCUUAAUCUCUUAUGCAUAUUUUGCUUCUGGUGUGUCAUGCUUCCUUUUUGAAACCGCCCUCCCCCCUACUCCACACGUUUUAUAUUAAUAGUAAUGAGUGAGAAAAAAAAAGAGGCUGUCAUGUGUGAUGUGUGAACUCAGGUAAAAAAAUUCGUUAUAAGGAGGCGACGGAUUAAUCAAUUAAGAAUUCAUGGGUAUAGUGUAGGACUAUUGUAAUUCAUGGGUGUAGUGUAGGACUAUUGUUUAAAGGGUGACAGAAAGGGUGGAGGUCUGUCUGUAGGCCUAUUUCUCAAAAUACCCGGACCCGGUGUAAAAAAACUGCACCUGAUUAUUAAGCCCUAGUAUUUACUAUUUUUUAUUAAAAUUCAAUGUAUUGUUUCUCUUUUCUAAUUAAUACUAUGUUCCAUUAGCUUGGAGAUUAUGUGCAAAAGUAAACAUUGUUUUCCAUGAAAGCAAAAAACAAUUGUUAGAAUGAACAAGUUUAUAGUAGUAGUAUGCCUUCCUAAAAAGCUUUGAUUGAAAGGCUAUACUUUGACAAGUUUGAAUAAUUCACUAAUGGGAAAGCCUCUUGAAGUAUUUCAUCCAGACACCUUUGUAGGUAAAUAGAAAUAAAUUGGUCAAAAUUUAAAUAACCUAUAAAAAAAAAAAAAAGAAGUAUGAUUUUAUUGGGUGUUAUUUCUAGUAUCUGCCUGGUUACUUUUUGUUUCAUAAAAAUGAAUUCAGAUUUCUAGGAAAACUUUGUUGCUAUUUUUUUCUUUCUAUUUGUCUCAUUUUAAAAUUGUUCUGUUAUUUUCAGUUUCUUCUAAGCAAAUAAUUAAAAAUUCUUGGAUCUCAUUUUUCUCAAAUGCUGUGCUGCAUAGCUUGUGAAGGUGAGUCAGUUAUCAAGAUUGCCUACAGAUUAUUUAAUUUUUUAUUAUUAUGAAAAAAAAAUGUAGAACUUCUUAUGGAAGUUCACUUUAAAGUAAUAUAUUCUAAUAGCGUAUGCCUUGAAUAAGUGAACUAAUAUAAUGACUGAAGUAUCUUUAACUAAUAUAAUGACUGAUGUAUUCUCCAAAUCUUGCGUUUAAAAAUUAUUAAGUUUUUAAAAAGUUUGUCCAUAUUUAAAAUCCCAGCACUGUCCUUUGUGUAUUUGUUAUGACAACAUGACUUAUAAAUGUAUCUCUGAUUAUAGAGUCUAAGUCAUAAGAAAAUGGAAGUCUUUGCUAAAUUGCGCUCAGCUAAGACUUCAAAAAGUUUGCAAAAUGAGGCAUCGGUACCACCCAGCAAAGAGGAGAUAAUCAAUGUCAUGGAAAGUUAUGCGCCAGAAAAACCACAGGAGAAACAAGGUAGAGCUUAUAAUUGUAUUUAGGUAUAAAUGAUCUUUUAAUUUUAUUUGUUAGUCCAUGUUAAUAAUUACAAUGAUUGGGAUAUGCUUUGUUUGUGAAUUCAUGUUGAAAAUUGAAAAAAUUUAACUUCCAAUUCCAGUGUAAGAGUGCUCAUCUUUGAAACAAUUAAAAUAAAAUUUGCCAGAAAACAUGAUCAAAGUGCUUUUUUAAAAAUUUAUGUAUAGUGUAAUGAAAAGUUAGCAUUCUGUGAGCCUACAUGAAAAAUCUUGAACUGAAGUUUUGCUAAAAAUUUAUUUAGUUGUUGGGUAACUAGAAAUAACCAGCCAAACAAUGACGAUAUCAAAUCGCCGAACUUUAAUCUAAUAAAGCUACUUUGCAAAACUUGCAUUCAGGUAACAGACUUUAUAAAAAAUCCCACUUUGUGCUAACUUCUGGGAAAUUUAAUUUGUGCCCCUGUUGCACACAAAGUUACAGCCAUACAUAGAUACCUAGAGAAUUAUUAUUUGUGAUUUUAUUAAUAUUCUAUUUAAUGAUACAUAAAAUUUUCUUUAAAUUUUAUGAUUUCUGAGGGAAACGUUAAUGAUAUGGAUAAGUUUGUAGAUAUACAUACAUAUUUAUUUAUUUAUAUAGCUAAUUUAUUGAUAUUAAUAAACUGAUAUUUAGAUAUAUUUAACUAUUAUAAAAUAAAUGGAUAUGGAUUGGUUGGUUCAUAAGGGCUGCAGUAUCAGUUUUUCCAGUAGAUUGUGACCUAAUAAUUUACUUAACUCUAUCAGCAGAAAACAAUAAUAACUCUGACCAGCUGUCCAGAGGAUCAAGUUUUGACACCAGGGCUGAUGGUAUGGACAGUCCAGUCUUGUCUGCCAGCCUGUCUCACUCGUACAGGUAAAGGACUGAUCACUUAGGUCAAUCAUUUGUCUCUGUCUGGCCAAUCCAAAUUUUCUAAUGGACCCGUUUCGUCAAAGAUGGCAUAAUGGGAGAUCAUUGACAAAUUGGUAAAUUAUUAGUUUAGGGCAGGGGCUCUUAAUCUGUUUGCAGCAAUGCAGCCCCAUCUCGAUUUCAAAGCAUGAUUCCUGCACCCAUGGUUUAAGCAUCCCUAGUUGAGGGGAAAUAAAGCAAGUUGUGACUUUGGCAGUAUAUGUACAUGAAUUAUGAAGAAACUUACCAGCAGAAACACAGUAAUGGAAAUAAUCAUACAUUUCUCAUUUAUUUGCUCUAGAACUGGCGGAAAAAAUAAAGAGCUUUUUAAAAAAGAGAAACAAGAAAUAAAUUUAGUAAUGGUAAUGACGUUAAUUCCAAAUAAAACCAUGAUUAUUGAAAUUUAUUUCAAACCCAAUUAAAGGAGCAGAUGAAUUUUAUGUCCACUGGCCCUAACCCUAAUACCUGAAAUCUAAUUUUAUAUUCAGGCCCCUUAGUUUUAAAUCAGGAAAAAAUGCAACUAAUAUUGAACUUAUCAAUCAACAAACAUUUUUGGCUGCACAUAAACCUCAUUUGUGAAUAUGUUUUAUGUUGUCUGUCAGCACUGAAUGGGAGAAACUGUUCAUGACCAAAGAUGUGAUGAACAAACUCAAGGACAAAGCCAUGGAAGGUGACUUGCGUAGCAGCAGGUUCCGAAGCUUAAUUUGGAAGGUGAGGUUAAUUGGUCUAGAGAGGUACUUUUUACCUGCUGUUCAAGUGAUUCAGCUAAGCUUUAUUUUGUUUUGUUUCUAGAAAUUAAAAUAAUUUUGUUUACUUUAUUUGGAAUUAAAUUAGGAUUUAACGAGGCCAGUUUGAAGGAUUUGUUUGAUGAAUAAUAUUGAAUGGCAAUGGGAUUUAUAAGAACUAUUUAAAGGGGAGGGAACCAGACUCUCACCACCAACUUGUAUUUGUCAUGAUGUGUUCAUUUUUUAUAUUUAAAUUCUCCUUCCAUAAUUUUUAUAAAUGUAGGGCCCAUUAGUUUUGAAGUAGUUUAGCCUUUUUUUUGUUGACUCCACUAUUUAUCAUGUGCUUGACUAGAAUACAGAGAGAAGCUCAGCAGGAAAAGAGUUAAAUCAAAAGACAAUAGGAACAUUAAAAGAACUUAGAAGACCCAUGAUUUCUAAAAUUAAUUACAAAUAGACAUAACUCAUGCACUGUUAAACACCUUUGUUAGGUGUUCUCCCCCCCCCCCCCCCCCAAACCACCACUUUUUAAAUCUUGCUCUAUCUUAUUUAUUAGCCAUUUAGUUAUGUAUGACACUUUUUUCCCUGUGCGUGAACUUUGCUUGAACCCUAGCACACGCUACAUUCAUAGAUGGGUGUGGUCUAUUCGUUUGAUGUAUCUUGUUUACUACCGGCUUCCAAUUCAACAUGGUUAGUAGGUCUACUAGUAUCUUGUCGAAGGUUCUCGAUUGUAUUAGAAAAGUAAGGGCGUUUCUAGACGCGUCGGUAGACCCACAUAUAUAAAUGAUUGACAGAGAAGACGGAGAUUGAUAUUUAACUUCACGAGACGUGUAUUAUUCUUUGUGUACUUAUAUGUGUUCAUUUGCAUUGAUCAUUCAUCAUUAUUAAUUGGCACAUUGUACUAACUGUGUUAACUGUGUACCGGUACAAGAUCUACCAUACUGUAAUUUGAUGAUUUAUAAUUAUAUUUCUUUUGUUUCGUGAUUGUAUUAUUACUAAAUUAAAUCUUACUAAUUGUAAUUGGCAACUGUUUUGGGUGUCGUAUUUUUUGUAAUUGAAUUUCUCUAUGGUAUCAUCCUUUGUUAGGCACCGUUUGAAUGAGCCAUAAAUUUAAAAUAGGAGAUUAAUUUCUCACAAUAGAAGGCAGUGCAUAACACAUUUAUUUAUUAUUUAAUUGUAUGUGGACAGCGUGAAGCCUGCAUAUAACAAGAAAUAUAAACUGUAAAGGAUUGUUGGUUGGAAGCAGAGGAUGAAGACUUAAAUGGAGAACAAAAUGACUUAACUUUUAUCUCACUGCAAGUGGUUGACUUGUUUUAAUCUGUCAAUAAUCAUUUAUUUCCGCCACUCNUAAGUGUUCAGGUGAUUAGAACUGAUGCUAAGUGUUCAGGUGAUUAGAACUGAUGCUAAGUGUUCAGGUGAUUAGAACUGAUGCUAAGUGUUCAGGUGAUUAGAACUGAUGCUAAGUGUUCAGGUGAUUAGAACUGAUGCUAAGUGUUCAGGUGAUUAGAACUGAUGCUAAGUGUUCAGGUGAUUAGAACUGAUGCUAAGUGUUCAGGUGAUUAGAACUGAUGCUAAGUGUUCAGGUGAUUAGUGCUGAUGCUAAGUGUUCAGGUGAUUAGUACUGAUGCUAAGUGUUCAGGUGAUUAGUACUUAUGCUAAGUGUUCAGGUGAUUAGUGCUGAUGCUAAGUGUUCAGGUGAUUAGUACUGAUGCUAAGUGUUCAGAUGAUUAGUACUGAUGCUAAGUGUUCAGGUGAUUAGUGCUGAUGCUAAGUGUUCAGGUGAUUAGUGCUGAUGCUAAGUGUUCAGGUGAUUAGUACUGAUGCUAAGUGUUCAGGUGAUUAGUACUGAUGCUAAGUGUUCAGGUGAUUAGUGCUGAUGCUAAGUGUUCAGGUGAUUAGUACUGAUGCUAAGUGUUCAGGUGAUUAGUACUGAUGCUAAGUGUUCAGGUGAUUAGUGCUGAUGCUAAGUGUUCAGGUGAGUAAAAAUGAGUUCUGACUAUCCAGCAUCAUUGUUGUAACAUUAGAAAACAGAUAACCCUGAAGUAUCUGAAAAAGGUGUUGAAUCACAGACUCUCAUUUCACUGUCCUUUGUUCAUGGAAAAUAUUAAUGUCUGGGAGUGUGGGCUGAUUACAAAUCUGGAAUAAACAACUCGCUAAAGCUUUUACAUGGAAGUUAAUGAUUUUUGUUAAUUUUUAAUUUAAAAAAUCUCUUUUAAAGUACACAAUGUAGAUUUUUUAUAAAAGCAAAGAAGUGUCUAUUCUUGAACUAUGUGUUUUCUCAGUUGAUUGUCAAUCCAAGAAAAGCUGUUGAUUCAGUGGACAUUACACUCAACAACCCAUUGUCUCAGGAUGAAGAGGUAUGUAGCAGUGACUAGUCUCAUUUCUCUAUUCUACUCAAAUCAGGACCUAUAUCACUUAGAAUUGUUUGCAUUAGGCAAAGAAAGUUUGUGCAGAAAAUAUUUUCAAAAAUUAAUACAAAUAAAAGAUUUAAGUUUCUUCUACAUUUAAUUCGAAUCCUUUAGCUACAUAGAGUGCCUUAAUACCUAUCUGCACAGUAUUUCUUUGACUACAUAGAGUGCGUAAAUAGCUAUUUACACAGUAUUUCUUUGUGUAAUGCAUUAAAAAAAAAUUAAAAUUAAUUUCUACUUUUUAGUGUGUUGAAACUGGUCUUUGAUAGCAAGUCUUUUACAAAAUAAUAUUUUAUUUAGCAUCAUUACAUUUGGAUUGUUUAUAAACACCAAACCAAUGUCUGUGUAAAUUUCACAAUGUAAAACACUUGCAUUUAUCUAGUCUGUUUCAACUAUCAGUUUAAAAAAAUGAAAACAUAGAAUAAUCUGCCUGAGGACCAAUGUUCUCUGGUUUGUUGAAGUGAUCACACCAAUUAAUUGUCUGUUUUCUCCACUAUUUGCAGAGUCCAUGGAACAAAUUCUUCCAAGACAAUGAGUUAAGGCUGACAAUAAAACAGGAUGUUAUAAGGACGUAAGUAGCUUUUGUUUUGUGUUUCUUGUAAUUGCUUUGUGUAACGUUUUAGAGUUAUGUCAACAAAAGUUUAUGCUGUUCAGGGCUGGAGAUAUUUUUACGCUUUCUUCCUUCCUCCAAAAAUUUAAAAUCAGGAAUUUCAAAAGUUAAACUUUCUCUUGGAUCCUGGGACCUGGAGCCCAGAAGGUGUCAAGGAGAUUUAACAUUGAACAUAUUAUGACCUCAUUGAGGGUAAUUCCUUUAAAAUGGCUACGUAAAUACAUGUCAAAUUACAUUGCUACCACUUCACAUACACACCACAUUAAUUUCACAGCAAAUUAAGGACAUUGCAUAUAAACAAAACAUUGUAGAAGUGUUGUUUUUGUGUUGUCUUAAGUUCACACAUAAGAUUUGUUACUGUUAUGUAAAGCAUUGGUUGUCAGUGGAUUACAUAUUGAGUAGAGAGAAUUGGCAAAGAUAAGGCACUAGAGAUGCAAAGUAGGAAAGAGAGGAACAUGUUCUGAGUUAUGGAGAAAGUGUUAUGGUGUGCAAUAGUUUUUACUCAUAAAGGUAACGGUAAAGAACUGAUUCAUUAGAUAACUAUUUUUAUGCGAAUAACAACAGCACACAAAUUAUGACUUAACUCAGUCAGUAUUUGAAUUUUCUGACUCCUCCUCUUGGGGAAUUAAAAAUUAUUGUUUGCCAAUUUUUUUAAAUGAGUAAGUUGAAAUAUGUUCGAGGGCUCAAAACAUUAAGCUGCACAAAUUGUGUUUUGUUAUCCUUAAGAUGACAUGGGAUUUACUACAGCCUAAUCUUAAUCAUUAAUGCAGGGAGAUAGGAUUUAAUGUUGUCAUGAGGUCAUUAAACUAAUGUAGGAUUCAGCCUUGUGAGAUAAGAUUUUAUGUUGUCAUCGAGUCAUUCAAUUAUUGUAGCAUUCAGUCUUGUCAGAUAAGAUUUUUUUUACACCAUAGAGUCAUCAAAAUAUUGUUUUGUUAGACUUAUCAGAUAAGAUUGAAUGAUGUCCUGGAGUCAUUUGUAGGAUUCAGUCUUGUUUACAUGUCAACAUUAAUACGUAUCUAAUGGUACUAAAAAUCAAAAUUGUGUUUUUCCUUUUCAAUAAAAAUAACAAUUAUUCUUUUUAUACUUAUUUUAUAAAAAAUUUGAUGAUGAAUCAUUUCCAUCCAUUAUUGAUGUUGUGAUGUUGUUUUACCAUCAGAUUCUAUUUAUCUUUGAUUACAACUUGUGAUGGGGUAUUAUGUUUUCUGCAUCGCUAUGUAAUUACAGUUAGAAAAUUGAAACUUUGCUUAAUUGUAUACUUUUAAACAUACAUAUUUAGGGCUCAUUGUUCCCCAAAAUUUCUUACAUCAAUAUCUAGGAAUCAGUUGUACAGUAUCAAAGUAUUUUUUCCACAUUUUUUUUUUAAUGAUAAACUGAAUGUGGUGUAACAGACUCACCCAAAAUAAAUUUGUUUCACAGCACUGUCUUUUGUGCAAACUUCUUUUUAUUUGUUUGAGAAAGGAAAACUAAAUUGUUCAAUCAACAACUGCAUUUAUAUUUCAUAUUUUCAAUAAUUUAGUUCUUUUUAUUUGUGAAUGAGCAUUGUCCAAUCCAAAGAAUCUCAAAACAAUAAAAAAAAAAAAAAAAAAAAAAUAAAAAUAAAAUUAACUCUAAUUUUUUUUUUUGUUUUAAUUUUUUUUUUUUUUUUUAUAAAUUUUUUCUUUUUUUUUUUUCUUUUUUUUUUUUUUUUUUUUUUGUUUGAGAAAGGAAAACUAAAUUGUUCAAUAAACAACUUCAUUUAUAUUUCAUAUUUUAAAUAAUUUAGUUCUUUUUAUUUGUGAAUGAGCAUUGUCCAAUCCAAAGAAUCUCAAAACAAUAAAAAAAAAAAAAAAAAAAAGAUUAAAAUAAAAUUAACGCUAAAUUUUUUUGUGGAAUAAAUUUCUUGACAAGAAGGCAAAAAGAUCUCCCUUUCUACUCCACUUCUUUUUAUUUACAUUUUAGAACAUUUGGGAAACAUAAUUGGAAACAGUGGUUCGUCCGUUAUUUCUUUUUACUGGGGUUUUGUGACCAUAUUUUUAUUUCUCUCAUUGUUUCAAGUGCUGUUGUUUGGAUAAUGUUGUCUAUAGUGAUGGUGAUGGUCAUGAUUUUUCUUAGUUUAAUAUAUUAAUGACAUCAGUGUAAACAAUACCUGGUGGUUUACAAGACUUGAAUUCUGCCAUGUAUAAUUCUGCAAUAUUAUUGUAGACUUUUAGAAGUCCAUUACAUGGCUGGGCUGAAUGAAGAUCUAUUUUCCCAACAUCUGGUUAAAACUGCUUUUUAAAAUUAAAAUGAUAAUCCGAAAUGCAUGGAUUUUGAUUAUUAUUUAUUUGUACCCCUCUUAUUUUUUUAAGGCAUUUUUUACAUUGUAGACUACCCUUAUGAAAAAAACAUAAUAUGCAUUAAAAAAUCAAUUGUUUUUCUUUGUGCAUAAAUAUAUAUGAUUGGAUAAAGUAAAAUGGGAUCUUUUUAAAAUUAUAUUUUAAAAACAAAAAGAAAAAAAAAUUGUUGUGUUUCUAUUUUUAUUAAAGCUGAACCUUAUUUUAUACCCUGUGAAGAAAAUAUAUUUUUCUCCAAACUUUACUUGCGUGAUCAUUAAAUUGUGUGAUGUAAGGUAUUUGGACAGAGACAUGUAUUUAUUUAUAUUUUUACUCUCAACAUAUUUCUCCACCCUUAUUUUUUAUAAUCCUUAUUUUCCUAUUUUCAGAAUAUAGAGUCUAAAACUAUUUUCCGUGAAAACCAAUAGAUUUAACACCUUUAUGUGUGCUUUAAAAUAAUAUAAAGCAAUCAUUUAAUGAUUUGAAAAAUUUAAAUAGCUAAAUUAAAGUUGAAACAUGAUUUAAUUUAAUAAUAAAUAAAUUGACCUAAAUAAUGGAAGAGUUUUUUGAUGGAUCCCUUUGAUUCAUUUUGAUUAUUUAAUGUAAAAUUUCAAUAUUUAUUCUGUUUAUAUUUUUUAUAAUUAUAAUCUACUGUUAUUGCGUGAAAAAGAAGUAUGAGAAGUGUAUAAUAAUAUGGAAAAUUUUAAAAUACUUAUGUUAUCCAUUCUGAGCACUCAUGAUAUCCAUGGAAGCCAUCCAAGGAAACUCAUAUGGCAGCUUUUUAAAUUCAAUAUAUACCUUAAAACAUGUGCCUUAACACUGUUUUGCUUAGUGCAACAUUUUAAACUAUUUACAUCCUUGUACCAGCGUUGUUUUAAAAAAAUGAGUAUUUGUUGAAUGAGGGACACAUAAUUAAGAGAUUUAUAAAGCCAUUAAAACUAGAUUACACUGUUUUAAAUUAAAACAAACAGAGACACGAUUUUGCCAGAUUUGACCUGAUUUGCUCUGUGUCAUUUUCCUGACUUAACUUAUGUUCCUUCUCUCAGCUACCCAAAGAUUGAAUUCUUUCAGUCUAACCAACUAAGGAACCUUAUGGUUGACAUUCUCUUCAUUUUUGCCAAGGAAACCCCUGAGCUCUCCUAUCGACAGGUGCUUUCCAUUUUCUCACAUAUGUUCUGUGUAGUGAUUUGUUCCUUUCUUCAAGUUCUUGCAGCCAAAAUCUUGCCAUUGUUUCAUAAUCACUUUCUGUAUAAUUCUUCUAAAACUUUGUUAUAAACACUAAAUGGUUUAAUUACUUAAAACUUGAAAUCAAGUCAGUAUUAAAUUUAGGAAGUUAAUUCAUAAAAAAAAAAAAUGAAGAUAAUCUUUUAAUUGCAAAAUAUUUCAGUGGCAUUUUUCAGGAAUUAUUUGAAUUGACUCAGACAAAAUCCAGAUAGAUACACGAAUACAGUUUAUCCUUAUGUAAUACAAUGACCAGAUUUUUGCAUGAAACAAGUUCAAGGACAUAAGCUAUUCAUUGACCUUUGCUUGUGUUAUUUGUACUUUCUUUUUCUAUGUCACUUUUGUUUUUUUUGUAAAUUUUGACAGUAUAAAUUCAACCAUUUUAGUUAAAUGAGCCGAGUAUAGUGUUUAAUCACAUAAAAAUCUUACAGAUUUAUGUUCAUUUUAUUACAGACUUAUAACAAAUUUUAUAGCAGAUUUAUAGCCAAUUUUACAAUAGAUUUAUAGCCAAUUUUAUUACAGAUUUAUAGCCAGUUUUAUAGUUUUAGCUUAUGAUGAGGAGGGUUAUGGAAAGGGAUAUAACUUUUAGUUGAUAUGAGAUUGUGUGGAGUGUGUUCUCGUAGAGUGUGUUCUUGUUGAGUGUGUACUUUUGGAGUGUGUACUUGUGGAGUGUGUGCUUGGGAAGUAUGUGUACUUGUGAAGAAAGUGUACUUCAGUAUCCGGUGGUGUAUAUAAUUUGUGUUUCAAAGUUUGCUUUAGUCAUACCCAGUUGCUGCCCUUAAAAGUUAUCAUAUUACAAUUAUUUUUUACCUUUUGUUUUCAUAAAACCUUUUUGGUUAUUUUCUCUUCUUGCUUUUCACAAAAUUUUUUCCACCCUCAAAAUAAAUUUCUUUUUAUUUGUUUUUUGUAUGUUGUGAAAUCUAAUUAAUCUCCCUUUUAUUUCAAUGCUAAAAUAUUUUCUGAAUUUUGCAUGAGAUGUAUAAAUCCUUUAAUUUUCCCUUAUGUUUUCUGUGACCUUGAUUUAAGAUUCUAAGUGUGAAGUCUGACCUACACUCUCCAACAGGAUUUCACACAGCAGAAUGCCAUCAGAAUUAGCCAUCAAACAAUCAUCCCCAAUAUUAAUAAAAUAAUGGCACAGCCAUGUGAGCAUUAUUUAGAAACACACUCCAUCAGCUAGUUAUAAAAUAUAGUCAGAAAUCUAUCCAUAAAAAUAGCUGCAGUGCUGGCCUACAAAUCAAUAAGAAGCUAGACUUCAAACGUAUUGAAACAAGUACUUCACAUUCAUAUUUUUGAAAAUGCCUUAUCAACUGCCCACCCCCUCCAAUAAAAAAAGUUAUUAUAGCUUUAUAUCGUUUUAAGGCUUUGGGGGGUAAAUUCUUAUUACAGUAUCCAAAAAUAAGAAUACAAAUUCUUGCCAAUGGCUUAUAUUAUCAUUCAAAACAAACACAACAGCAUAUAUAUCCGGUGUUGAAUUAUGCAAUGCUAUAUUGGAAAUGCAUUCAUUUUAAUAUACUUGUUAUAUCUUCAUCAUUCUUAAAUUGUGUACAUCUUAAAAAGUUUCUUUCACCCUUUCAAUUUUGUAACAAAUUAAUGAUACCGCCAUGUUGUAUUUGUUUAAAUUAUUUUUUGUUGUCUGUGCUACUGUAUUGACCUAUAAAAAAAUGACAUUUAUGUCCUGCAAAAAUUAACUAUUCGCAGUCCACCUUUUGGGAAGAUCAGACUUUGCCUAGGCAAAAGUUUUUUUGAAGUUGUUGAACUUGAAUUCUUGUAUAUUUCAUUUGAUUGUACAAUUUAAUAAAAUAUUUUUACACAUAUUUGAAGCGCUAUGUAAAUAAUUAAAAAAACCUUUAAAAAAAUAAUCCAUUUAUUCGAAAGUGGGUUUCUUGGAUAUCAGGGUGAGAGCCAAGCCUAAUUAUUUGAAUUUUACAACACUACUAAUAUUUCAAAUACUUGCAGUUCGUUUGCUGGGUAAUAGUGUCUCAUCUGCCUUUCAGAAAUAUUUUGUUCUGUUCCUUAAGAUUUACAUAUUUUAUCAAAUAUGUGCACUUAUAAUUGGAAGAGCUAAUGAAAGAUUUCAUAGUUAACUGGCAUUAGCUUUGUAAAGAUGGCAAACGGGGCUGAGCAGAAUUUAUGAAGCAGGGCUCUAUCUUGUUAAAGUCACUAGUAGUUAACAAUACUAAAAUUGUUUGAGACAUUUAUGUUAGUCAAUCUAUUAAUACAAAUUUCACACAUUUUUUAUUUCUAGUGGGAAAUGUCUCAAGGAACAGUGUCUGAGUAGACAUAGUUCUAGUAUGACUGCAACAUUGCUCCACAGAAACACAGUUUUAACAUAUUUUUAGAAAUGAUUACAACAUUCCUUCACAUAACUACUCAGUUUUGAAACAUUCCUAGAAAUAGUUGCAACAUUCCCUCAAAUAACUUCUCAGUUUUAACGUAUUUCUAGAAAUGGUUGCAACAUUCCCUCAAAUAACUUCUCAGUUUUAACAUAUUUCUUGAAAUGGUUGCGACAUGCCCUCAAAUAACUACUCAGUUUUAAAUUUGUUGAAUACUGUGGACUUGUCUAACAUGGAUUUCUCAUGUACAGGCCAAGUACAGAUUUUUGUUGUUGUUGUCUGUAGAAAAACAUAUGAAAGAUGUGUUGUUGUAGUGUUGCUAGCACAAGCAGUUCUUGAAGUAUUCGUCCUAUUCCCCAGUAAACCACCAGUGUGGUUAAUGAUUAAACGAAUUGAGCCACAUUCACCAACUUGAAGCGCCUAGGGAUUCCAUUUCUGUCUAAGGGUUACCUCUGAAACAUAUACAAUAUUUUAUGGCAUACGGUGCACACCAUAAUUGUUGUAUGUACAGUUUAAAACUUACCUUGAACAAUGUUUAUUGAUAAUAGCUAGAAAAGCAAAUGACUUAUGAUUGAAACUGAAAUAUGUUUUGAACUAAUCCGCAAUUCAACAAAACAAAGUAAAAGCAAUCAGAUUGAUUCCACACAGAUAGCCAACUGUGGAAACUAUUGCAGUCAGGAACUGUUUGUGCAGUGCUAUUGUUGUUUUCUUAUUGAUGGCCUUAUUAGCUUUUCCCCCAUUUUUUUUUUUUUUGUAUUCUUUAUUCAAGUUUCCCCGAAGUUGAGUUCUUCAGAGGAACCAAGAUGGGGGACAUGAUGAUAGAUAUUCUCUUUUCUUAUUGAUGGCCUUAUUUGCUUUUCCCCCUUUUUUUUUUUUUUUUUUGUAUUCUUUAUUCAAGUUUCCCCGAAGUUGAGUUCUUCAGAGGAACCAAGAUGGGGGACAUGAUGAUAGAUAUUCUCUUUUGCUAUAGUCGUGAGUGUGCCACUAACUCGUACAAGCAGGUUGGUCUUUCAUAUGACCUUGGUUGUGGGUUGUUUAUGCAUUUUUGUAUAUAACAACUUGCAGAAGAUAAAUUGGGUUGCCUUAAAAUAAAAUCAGCAUACAGUUCUUAAGCUUGGCAUAUGAAAAAGCUUAGCUUGCUUCCUAAAAGACUUUGCAGUAAUAAAAUUUGCUUUUAUAACAUUAAGUAAAAUAUUGGCUAAGAUUAAAUGCAAUGUAAGGAAAUGUGUUAGUGCUGUAUUACAAACAUAAAGUUAGGUAAACAAAUGUGUAAGUGAUGUUUACAGACAUAAAUUUAGGUUAACAAAAAAUGUAUUUACUAGAAAACAUCUUCCAUAUAUAAUGAAUCCCAUUGGGAGGGGUGGAAAGGGGGGCAGUGUUAAAAUGACUAAAUGUAUAAAGCUAUUAAUUUAUCAUAUGAAAACUAAUUGUUUGAGUUCUUACACAAAGAUCAGUUGAACCUUACACUUUUUUUAUGUUAUGCCCAGAAGGCAGAUAAUAUUAUUUAUAAUAAAUCUCCAAGAACGAUUAAAACUCAAGCCUUAACUAUCUUUAAAUAAUUUUUAAAAAAAUACAUGUGUGUAUGCCUGUCCAAUAUUGAUGUACCUUUCCAAUGGGGCUCAUAGAAUGGAGAAAUUCUUAAGACGGCUAACUUUAUUUGUCAGGUUAAAAAAUUAUACACCACAGGCUUUCUGUAAAAAAGGAUUAUCAUGUAACGAAAAAUAAAUGAGUGUUAAAUGUAGUAAGAAUUUUAAAAUUAAAAAAUAAAAUGGAUAAUUUUUAAGGGCAUCAAAUGAACUGUUAUCAUUCCUAGAACAGAUUUCUAUCUAAUGUUCUAUAAGCUUGCUCAAAACAUUUACAUUUUAAAGGAGAAAUCACAAUGUCAUUUUCGAUUUAUUUCGUUAUCUUAUCCUGAAUCACAUGAACAGACCCACCAAAUUUUGAAUUCCUCUAAUUUGUUCAGUGACCCACAUUCAUAAUGUCCCUGUAAUGGAGAUUCUUUACUAUUAGUAAAAUUGAUCUUCCAACCAACCCCCCCACCUCCACCCGAAACACCCCUUACAAAUUUCUGCUCAGCUUUCUGUAUUGGCUUCUUUUCCUCACCUCCCAACUUUGCUUUGAUGGGUUUUAAGCUUCAACUAUUGUGUUGUAUUUUUAAUCAUACAUGUGUUUCAAAAAAAAAUUUAGUUGAUGUAAAGUACUUUUUUAAUGACAACAUUGUGCACUAAGUGACCAUAAAUACAAUUUUAAGGAAGAAAAAGUUCUUUAAAAACUUGACUAGGAUAUUUAAACUAAAAUUAUAUUUAAACAAAGUAAAAUUGAUAACAAUGUUGAACCUCAUUAAAACAAAUUUUGGAACUGUUGAGCACUUCUAAUGUAAUAUGGUAGUGACCUCCCUAACUUGAAGAUAUAAUUUGUAUAUUUUACUGGUCUGCUGACACAGUAAUUAGAAAUGAGAAAAUUUAAAUUACUAAACAGUGUUUUUAAAGCUAUGUGUCUUAUUCAUUCAUCUCUCUUUCCCAACGCUUUAUGUGCUGGUUUCUUUUGGAACCUGGGCUCAGGUAAUUAAUUUGAUGGCUUUACUUUCAUUACACCUGAUUUCAUUUAAAAUUUUAAUAAAGAGUUCUUUGAACCAUCGAUAACAUGAGAGAACAAACAAAAAUAAAUACAAACAUGAAAAGCUAGGAAAGAGGGAAGACUUUCAGAUAAAUAAAGGAUUGCGCUUUUUUAAAAUACUGUCUCAGGCUGAAGAUAAAAACUGUUAUUAAUUUUCCUGCUUUUUAAUUAACCUUAAAGAGGGUAACAAAGUAAUUUAAAUUAUUAUUUUAAAAUUUCAAAUGUAAAAGCAAGCAAUUUGGCUUUUGAUUAUAAAUUAAAAAUUAAUUUUUUAAGCUUAACCCUAACCCUAACCUACAUUUUUUAUGCCAUGUUUAAAGUUAAGUUCAGGGGACAUAAUUUAUGAGUUCAGGGGAAAUAAUUUUUUUAAAGUUCAAGUUUAAGGGACAAAGAAUCCAAAAUAGACUUAAUUCACUCAAGUGUAAGACACUUUAAUUUUACAAGACAUUAAACUUGUUUUUCAAGUAAACAAUUUUAAACAACUUAUUUGUUUAACAUAUUUGUGUAAUUAAUUCAUUUUUGUCAUAAAUUGAUGCCAUCUACUUAGCUGACUUAUGUUUGACCCUCAUCAUUUCAGGGCAUGCAUGAACUUCUGGCACCACUGAUAUUUGUGCUUCACUGUGAUCACCAGGCCUUUCUACACGCAUGUGAGAUAGAGUCAGUACUGUAAGUUAUAGUAUUAAUUUUCUAUCCAUUUAAGUGAGUGAUGUUUUAUAGUGAGGGUCGUGCUGUAGUGAGUUAUAGCUAUUACAAGGGAUAUUGUUAUAUUAUUUGAUAUUUUUAAAGUGUGGGGUAUUGUUAUAGUGUUUGAUAUUUUAUAGUGUGGUGCUAGAAGGACCCGAGUCUAGUGUCAGAAUUUAUCACAUAAAUGGAAAAAAAUAUAUUUUAUAUGAAACUGAGGGCUGAUUAUCAAUAGGGAAAGAUGUGCCCAGAGCUUUAAGGCCAAAGAGCCUUGAAAGGCUUAAGUAUUAUUAUCUUUAUGCUAAUGGAUGUGCACAGGGGACACAAAGGCCUUAAUCCAACCUUGGCUAAAUCUGCUGAUAAUGGUGACAAUCUAUUACCAGCAUUCAAAAAAUGAAGUUUUACAGUAAAAAUCUUCUAAACAAAUUAUUUUAAAAAAACAAACUAUUCUUUAUGUUUUUUUAUAGACAUUUAUAAAGAUAAUUAAAUAGGAUAAUUUCCAUAAAACUAGGUUCUUAUAAUCAUAGCCAAUAACCUUUUAAAAAUGAAUGGUCACUUUCUUUAUUACUUGUUCAUAAGUAGUUAAAAAAAUAUAUAUAUUAGUUCUCUUCACUGAAAUCUUGAGACAUUACUUUAACGCUGGGAAAGUAAUUACUCAAAAAGUAAUGAAAUAACUAAUACAUUUGGUGAAGAUAAAGUGUCUUGUGUUAACUAACCAGUGUGCACAACUAUAUUUAUGCUUUGUAUUUCCUGAUAUUCUGGUGUGUUUUCUUGACAUCGUUGAAAGUGGGGACUAACUAGCUUCUCUAAACGGAAAUUGCAUAUUAUAAAUAUCAUUUGAUGAGGGAUACAGUUAGGAACAUUGUUCAGAUAAAAAUUUGUUUGUUUGUUUUUUUAAAAUAAAAAUAUCACAUGUGUAAAGCUCAAGGGUACUUAACAAAUAGAAUGAUCUAUUUUGUAUAUAAAAAAAGAUCUGUCACCAGAUAUUUUUUUUUAUACAUACGAAAUAGAUCAUUCUAUUUGUUAAGUACCCCUGAGCUGUACACAUGUGAUAUUUAAAAAUUUUUUUUCAUUUAAAAAAAAAUAAAAUAUAUCACAUGUGUAAAUCUCAGGGGUACUUAACAAAUAGAUUGAUCUAUUUUGUAUAUUAAAAAAGAUUUGUCACGAGAUAAGUUAACCCUAAACUGUCUAAUGAUAAAUUCUGGAUAGUAGUGUAAUUAUAACCCAUUUGAUUGAAAGUGAGGCAUCCAUGUACAUAAUAAAUAGUGGACCGUUGCUAAUUUUCUUUGAAUGUGAAGAUUGCCAUGAAACGUUUAAGUAAGUUGAUAAAGUUGAUGAUACAAAGUGCUAUGCAUUUCUCACAAAAACAUGAAAACUUCUUUAAUUAUCCUUCAUGAUUUCUCAUCUUCUUGCCCUUUCACCAUUUGUCCGUAAUAAAUUAAUACAAAUCUAUAUAAUAAUAAUAAUAAUUAGUGGUCUUUUAUAGCGUGGUACCCCAGCCUAGGACUGGGCUCACCGUGCUGUACAUAAAAAUGUUAUCAAAAGAGACAUAAUCAUGACAUUAAAAUAAAAUACAAUGAAAUGAAGAACAGCAUGAACCCCAGGACUUUUACAAGGCAAACCGUGGACGGCAGCCAACAAAAUCAUUUAUCGGUCAGAGGAGGGGAAUCAAUCAGGGUAGUAUAGUUUAAAGAGAUGUGUUUUGAGUGCAGUUUUGAAUAUCUCAAAGUCAUAAAAAUAUAGACAAUGUUUUGGAACUUAACAUCGUAAAAAAGAUGUUACAAUAUUAUAAAAUAGUCUUACAAUGAUUCUCCAUUAAGAAGUUCAUGAUCAUACGAAAAUUGUGUUAAAUUCUCGUGUGGAUUUGAUAAGAUUGGCUGAAUAAAUUUGUUCUUUUUUUUCAGGUAACUUGUCUGAACAUAAGAACUUUCAAAAUUUGAAAAUAUUUGCAAGUUACUUAAGUCUAUCGUUAUUUUUAACAAAUGAGAGACAGAGAAAACUAAUCUUAUAGCAGUAAAAUGUAUUAUAUAUAUUAUUUAAUUAUAUGCAUUUCAACAUUUCACUAAAUGAGGUAACAUUUCAACAUUUCACUAAAUGAGGUAUCAUUUCAACAUAACCAUUUGAAGGUCAUCUAUAUUUUAUCUGCCUUUAAAUCAGUGGUUCUCAACCUGUGGGUCGCGCAACCCUUUUACGGGGGUCGCGUAAGACCAUUGGAAAACACACAUUUCCGAUCUCGAUGAUCCUAGAAACUGAUUGAUUUAGGCAAGCUAAAAAACCAGUCACAAAUUUUCAUUAUAAUUGGAGACGAAUUUUUUAAGAAACUGAGUGCAAUUUCCUUAUCUAAUGACACUGUCCGCAGAAGAAUAGAUGACAUGUGUGUUGAAAUUCUUGGUCAGGUAAUCAAGGAAAUUAAAUCUGCUCCCCCUUCCAAUAUUGAGUAUCCAGCUUGAUGAAUGUACAGACGUUGCAAACUGUUCACAGUUACUAGUUUAUGUGAGGUGACUUUAAUGAUGAGUUUCUUUUUUGCAAACCUCUUGAAACCCCAACUACUGCACGUGACGGAUUUGACACAGUUGGUUUAUCUCUGAAAGAUCACAAGAUCUCUUGGGAAAAGGUUUGUAGUGUUUGCACAGAUGGUUCUCCAGCUAUGCUAGAAUGUAGCUCUGGAUUUCAACAUUUGGUACUGAAUGAGUCACCAAAAGUCAUCAGAACUCACUGUAUGAUUCAUUGGCAAAUAUUAGCAACGAAGACGCUUCCACAAGAGUUACAAGAAGUAACUUAAAGUGUCAUAAGUUCUGUUAAUUUUGUAAAGGCGAGCACUUUAAACAGUCAACAGUUUUUGCAACUGUGCAUCAAGUUGGAGGCACCGAACAAUGCUUUGCUUUUUCACACUGAAGUCAGAUGGUUGUCGAGAGGAAAAAAUGUAAAACAUGUUUUUUAGCUUUGUGAUGAACUCAAAACUUUUUUUUAAUCAGAAAGCAAGACUGUAGUACAAAGCUCUUUUUAGUGAUAAAAGUGAACUGCAGAAAAUAGCUUAAUUGGUUGACAUCUUUGCCAUCUUGAAUGACUUAAAUUUAUCACUGCAAGGACCAAAUGGAACAUGCCUCAAAUUGUCUGAAAAGAUGCGAUUAUUUAAAUUUUAAUUUCAGCUUUAGCAAAAAAAUUGAAGGAAAAUAAAAUUUACAUGUUGCCUAUCUUUAAGGAACAGACAUUGAACCAGACAAAAGGAUUAUGAUGAUACAUUCUGUGAAGGAACACUUGCACAUGCUUGCAGACGAAAUUUCAUCCUACUUUCCAAAUCUAUCUGACACCCCAUUUGCACUUGCCAGAUAUCAGUCAAGGUUGAGGAUGUUCCUGAGUCAACACAAGAGGAGUCCAUUGAACUUAUUAACAGCGAUGCAGGGAAAACUGAUUUCUCUACAAUGCCAGUUACAAAAUUUUGGAUCACGUGUUUGCAUUCAUAUCCUGUUCUGCCUGAGACUGAACCGCCCUGUUCUUACGUUUCCAGAAACAUAUCAUUGUGAAACAGAGUUUUCUAGCUUGGUGGUAAUCAAGUCUAAAUACAGAAGUAGACUUUUUGUGGAAGAUCAUCUUCGUUGUCCCCUAGCAAAGACUGUCCUGAGCAUUUCUGAUCGGGUAAGAAAUAAACAAUCUCAAGCUUCGCACUGACGCUGGAUUUUUACGCAUACUAUCGCAAAAUGUCGCAAAUUUGUUUACUGUUGUUAUAUUAGGGCUGUUACCCAUGCUACACCAUGCUUCAAGACACAUUUUCAUUUAUUUUUAAUUAGAAAUAAAUAUUUUACAAUAUCUAAUUACCUAUUGUUUUUUGUGAUUAAUCACUUUGCUUUAAUUAUGUUCAAUUUGUAACAAUGAAAAUACAUCCUGCAUAUCAGAUAUUUACAUUAUGAUUCAUAAAAGAAACAAAAUUACAGUUAUGGAGUAGCAACGAACAUAAUUUUAUGGUUGGGGUCACCACAACAUGAAGAACUGUAUAAAGGAGUCGGGGCAUUAGAAAGGUUGAGAACCACUGCUUUAAAUGUUCAGUUAAAGCAGAAUUAUUGAAUUUGUAUAGGCUAUUGAUGCAUCUAUAAAAAUGUGUACACAUUUAAACUUUCAGUUACUGUUCCCAGCAAGCAAGGUCAGGAUUUCAAUCUGUCCUUACUCUUAUUUUCUAUCUUUUCCUAUUUUCAUGCCUUGCCAUUACCUUGUCUGUUGAGGGAAAUGGCAGCCACGUAUGUAGCUGAAGAUAGGGAGAUACUCAUUUAUUGACAAGCUAAAUUUUUAUUAUUUCAAAUUUUAUUUUUCUGUUUCCCAAAUUUUCUCACUUGACAAAGGCAGAUAGGACAGAGGCAUAUACAGUGACCAAUUUUAUAGGCAUAAUUAAAAAAGAAAUGAUUAUUUUAUAUAACUUUAACUUUUUUCAAUUUAAGAUGCACCUUUUUUGUAUUGGGUUUUUCUUUGAAUAAUAUUCAUAUAUAUAUUUAUAAUUUAUAUUUAAAAGAAUUUCUGCUUGGUGUAAGGGAAUCAAGCAGUAGAAUGGCAAUGGAAUAUUCAAUCAGAACCUUUUUAUUAUUGGAUUAGAAUAAUUUUACGUUCAUGGUGAAAUCUUAUUUGUUGUAGAAAUCCAGCUUUUUUUUUAGAUUUUUAAAAAAAAAAGAAUCUUUGCAGCAUUUUUUUUCUUUAAAAGACUUUGUUUCAGACCAAGUUGUUCUUUUCAAAAAACAACAACAAAAAACAAAAAAAAAACAUGUAAGAUUUCAUUCUUUCAAUAUUGAAGUUAAAUUGUUGUAUGGUUGGAAAAAUAGGCUAAUAAAUAAGAUUGAUUGUUUCAAUCGUGUCUAUUCGAUCCAUCUACUGUGUCUGUAUUCUAAUUAUUUCUGAAAGAUCUCUUUCUAUUUCAUUUCCUCUUACACUCACUUCCUCUCCACACAUGGUCUCUUUCUAUUUUCCAUUUCCUCUUACACAUUGUCUUCUUGCUGCUGUCGGGGCAAACAUAUUUUAACCCUCCUAAAAUAAAACAAUUCAUGUGUAGUUUUUGUUUCUAACAUAUUUUGAAAAAAUAACCUAUGAGAGCAUUUUUAGCUUAUUUCAAUAUUUAAUUUGGUCUAACAAUUUUUUUUUUUCAUUUUAAACUUGCCAACAUUAUACUCUUUUAUACUGCAAAUUAUUUUCAAAAUAUACCCGGUAUCUAUAAACUGCACAUCCUAUGUUAACUGCAUAUUCUAUUAUUUUACCCUUUUUUUUUAGCUUAAUGUAAAGGAGCUCUACUUAUCAAUUUCAAACUAAACAACCUAAUUUCUCAACUACUGUAAACAGUCUCCUCUCCUGGAUUCAAACAACCUAAUUUCUCAACUACUGUAAACAGUCUCCUCUCCUGGAUUCACUACACUGCUGAAGCCUGAGAUCAUUUUUUUGUUUUGUACUAUUUGAGGACCACUUGGAUCCUCACAUCAUGAUAUAAACCAUAAUUUAUGCAACUCUGGUCAAGACAGUUAACACAAUACCAUAUUAUUUUCACUCAGUGUUUAUAGUGAAAUAAUUCAUUUAGCAAUAUUGUAUAACCAAAUCCCUGAAGACACAGUUAUGAAUAUAGCAUACAAUAAUCUGGUGGCGCCACGUUGUUCACAUUCCCAGAAGACACAGUCAUGAAUAUGGCAUACAAUAAUCUGGUAGUGCUGUGCUGUUCACAUUUUUGUGAUAUAUAUUAAUGGUGAUGGUGUUUUGUAUUUAAUAAAAAUGUGCCUACAAUUGAAUGCUUGUUGAUAUAGUUGGGGGGGGGGGAUUUUAAACAAAUACAUAUUAGCUACAUAUGUGGCAAUAUUUCUUGAAUCAAGAACCCGUUCAUCAAACACUGCCUUAAUGGCUUGUGUUAAGAGAGGUUUCGUUGAAGCAAACAUGACAUAAUCCAGUUUAAAUCUUUGGUAGUAUUUAUGUGUCCUUGUACCGGGCUCAGUGCCAUGACACAUCAUCAUUAGAGUUAUUAAAACUGACUAAAUGACAACACUUUAGAAGCACAUGAAAUCUAAUGGAUUUUUAUAUUUAUUCCUAUCAUGGUUUUAUGUAACCUACAGUGGUUUAUCACAUUUAAUGUAUGACUUACAGUGGCCUACAAGGGCUUAUCACAUUUAAUGUAUGACUUACAGUGGCCUACAAGGGCUUAUCACAUUUAAUGUAUGACUUACAGUGGCCUACAAGGGCUUAUCACAUUUUAUGUAUGGCUUUGUACUGUAUUCUAUAAAUAGACAUCCUUGCUCUCUCUCCAACCUGUUUUAUACAUUAAUCUAAUUGUCUGCUCUUAAUUUCAGAGAUAUAAUCAAAGAAGUCAUGGACCCAACAUACCUUGAACAUGAUGCAUAGUAAGUUGGUUACUGCCUGUCACACAUAUAAAAAAAACAACAUACUUCUAAAUUAAUUAAACUUAUUCCUUGUUGCUCAAGUUUUUGUCUAGAUAUAUGCUACUGAAACUUCAGAUGGGUGGGUUUCAUGGGCAAGUUCAAAUGGAAAGGGUCAGAUGGCCAGGUUUAGAUAGGCGAAUUCAGAUGGGCAUGUUCAGAUGUGAAGGUAAGAUGGGUGAGUUGAGAUGUGAAGGGUCAGAUAUGAAGGUUCUGAUGGGCAGGGUAAGGUGGGAAGGAUCAGAUAAGCUAAGGAAAGAGAACUAAAAAAAAAAUAGAGCAGUCAUUGAACUUGGCAUGGCAUGGGCAAGUUACUGAUGCCAGCUUACCAAGUGGAAAGGAUCAGAUGGCAAGGUUUAGAAUGGAAACUGGUCCCCUGGUACCUAUCAUGGCAUGGGCAAGUUACUGAUACCAGCUUCUCUCCCUUUGCUGGUCCUUCCAGGGCUCACUCUUGCUUCUCCACCUCUGGUGGAUGUCCUCAAGAAAUCUCUCAGACAGAAAUGUUGUUGUUUCCUGAAUUUGAAGUUUUCUAUGCAUUUCCUUUAUUUCAUCUCUGUUGUUACAAUCACCCAUUGAUAUGUCACAGCUUGUGAAUGUUGUCUCUAAAACCUAGACACUUUUGUUUUCAUCCGUGUUUAGCACCAUGUUCUGUCAAGUUAUGGAAACGGUGGAGCCCUGGUACCUAUCAAGAGACAUGUUCUUUAACCCAAAGGUGGGCUAUUUAAAAAAAAAUUAUUUUGUCUAUGUUGUUUAAGUUGCCAUAAACAUUUAAUCUACAACAAAAUUUGAGCUUUGAAUAUAACCAAUGUAAUAAAACACAGCAAAUGCAACGUACCAUUUUUUUUGUGUGAUCCCAUUAGAUGUGAGUAACUAAUAAUGUAAUAGAAAAAUAACAUUUUUAUUCUGUAACACCAUUUCUGGUUAAUUUUUAAAUAUUGUUUGGCUAAUUUAAUCACAGAUUUUAUACAUUUUACUCAAAACCCCCAUAACAUGACGAUAAACCCUCCCUGGCUUCUCUGUGACAAUAAACUGUCCCUGACUUCUCUGGGCAAUAAACUCUCCCUGGCUUCUCUGUGACAAUAAACCCUCCCUCGCUUCUCUGUGACAAUAAACCCUCCCUGGCUUCUCUGUGGCAAUAAACCCUCCCUGGCUUCUCUGUGACAAUAAACCCUCCCUGGCUUCUCUGUGACAAUAAACCCCCCCUGGCUUCUCUGUGACAAUAAACUCUCCCUGGCUUCUCUGGUUGCAGACUGGCUCAAUGAGGAAUCUGGAGAUGAUCAAUGCCACACCAUUCUCCAGGUCACAGGACUUGAACCCCUCCAAUGCCAUUGUGACCAAACUGACCAGGAUACAGGACUACAUCCUCAAGAAGUUUGACCCAGAGCUGCAUCUCCACCUGGAAAGAUUAGAAAUAGCACCACAGAUUUAUGGCAUGUGCGUAGUACAUUUAUGGCAUGUGCAUAGUACAUUUAUGGCAUGUGCAUAGUUUAAAUAGCACCUCAUUUUCUUGGCAUUUUCACAUUAUUAUAUUGCACUACAUAAUUAUUGCAUAUACAAAUUGUUACAUAGCACAACAUAUCCAUGGCACAUAUACAUUUUUAUACAGUACAAUAAUAGUCUAUGUUAAAUAGCAUCAAAGAUUUAUGGAAUAUACAUAUUUUUGUAUAGGACUAAUUAUUUUUUUUAUCUGAAACAUUGUUAAAUAUGAAUUGCAAAUAGAAACAAAAACUUUAAAAUGGAUUACAAAUAGAAAUGAACACUUUAAAAUGGAUUGCAAAUAGAAAAGAAAACUUUAAAAUGGAUUUGCAAAUAGAAAUGAAAAUUUUAAAAUAUGGAUUGAGAAUGUGAAUGAAAAGCAGCUAAAUAAAAGAUGUUAUAAAAUGAUUGUUAAAUAAAAUAUAAAAUUAUUGGUAGGGCAAUUUUGUUCUGUAAUUUGUCAUAGAUCAAUGGAAUAUUAAAUGCCAAAAUAAAAUUAAAAAAGAUUGAACUAUUCUUACUGUAAAAUACACUUAUAAUGAGGACAAUAGGAUUGUUUAAAAUGACAUCUAUGCAAAUUUGAAAACUUAAAUGUCAAGUUCUAUUUUGUACUUAUUUUCUUUCAGACGCUGGCUGCGUCUGCUAUUUGGCCGUGAGUUCCCAAUGCAGGACCUUCUCAUGUUGUGGGAUGCCAUAUUUGGUGAUGGGAUUGGCUUUGACCUGGUUGACUACAUCUUUGUGGCCAUGCUGCUGUAUAUCAAAGAUGUUUGUGAGUCCUUGUCUUUUCUUUCACUGAUUCAGUACCAUAGCAAUGUACUUCAGAUUACAGCAUACAAGGCAAUACAUGUAUAAUGUUAACCUGGGACUUUUUGCUUUAAAAAAAUCCCUCCAAUGCCAUGUCAAUGUAUAUAGGGAUUUGUUCAUCUUGUUACAAAUAAAGUGAUAUGUUCAUCCUGUUACGCAUAAUGUGAUCAAUUCAUCUUGUUACGUAUAACCUGAUCUGUUCAUCUUGUUACACAUGCGAUGUGUUCAUCUCAUGUCUUAUAAUGUGAUCUGUUCAUCUUGUUAUGUAUGUGAUGUGUUCAUCUCAUUACGUAUAAUGUGAUCUGUUCAUCUUGUUACGUAUGUGAUGUGUUCAUCUCAUGAUGUAUAAUGUGAUCUGUUCAUCUUGUUAUGUAUGUGAUGUGUUCAUCUCAUGACAUAUAAUGUGAUCUGUUCAUCUUGUUAUGUAUGUGAUGUGUUCAUCUCAUGACGUAUAAUGUGAUCUGUUCAUCUUGUUAUGUGUGUGAUGUGUUCAUCUCAUUACGUAUAAUGUAAUAUUUUUAUCUUGUUAUAUAUGUGAUGUGUUCAUCUCAUUACGUAUAAUGUGAUGUGUUCAUCUCAUGACGUAUAAUGUGAUCUGUUCAUCUUGUUCCAUAAGAUGAGGAAGGUUAUAAAACAGUAAACUCAAAAACUUUCAUCCCCAUAUCCCAAUUGAGACAGACUUGUUUUUUUGUUUGUUUGGGGCAGUUUUGGUCAGAAAUGUAAAUGAAUGUGAAGUAUUUCCAUUUGAAGAAGCAGAGGUCAACAUCCUUAAUUUUUUAACAUGAACAACAUUUUGUACAACUCUGGUGUCUAAGAAAUCCUGAAUGUCCAUUUUGUAUUACCAUCAACUUUUCCAUCUUUACAGUGCUGACCAGCGACUACGCCAAAUCCUGAAUGUCCAUGUUGUAUUACCAUCAACUUUUCCAUCUUUACAGUGCUGACCAGCGACUACGCCAAAUCCUGAAUGUCCAUGUUGUAUUACCAUCAACUUUUCCAUCUUUACAGUGCUGACCAGCGACUAUGCCACAUGUCUGACAGCUCUUAUGAAAUACCCACCUGUCAGUGAUGUCCAUUACUUUGUGGUCAAGGCAAGAUGGCUGAGGGAGCCAAAUGUAAGUUACAUUAACAAUAGUCUGAGUCAGGGAUGGUCUGUUUCAUAUAUGUUAUAAUAUCUCACCAGUCUGAGUCGGGGAUGGUCUAUUGGUCUUUGUUAUAUCUCACCAGUCUGAGUCAGGGAUGGUCUAUUGGUCUUUGUUAUAUCUCACCAGUCUGAGUCAGGGAUGGUCUAUUGGUCUUUGUUAUAUCUCACCAGUCUGAGUCGGGGAUGGUCUAUUGAUCUUUGUUAUAUCUCACCAGUCUGAGUCGGGGAUGGUCUAUUGGUCUUUGUUAUAUCUCACCAGUCUGAGUCGGGGAUGGUCUAUUGGUCUUUGUUAUAUCUCACCAGUCUGAGUCGGGGAUGGUCUAUUGGUCUUUGUUAUAUCUAACCAGUCUGAGUCGGGGAUGGUCUAUUGGUCUUUGUUAUAUCUCACCAGUCUGAGUCGGGGAUGGUCUAUUGGUCCAUGUUAUAAUAUUUCACCAGUCUGCGUCAGAGAUGGUCUAUUCGUGUAUGUUACAACAUCUCACCUGUCUGAGACAGGGAUGGUCUAUUGGUCCAUGUUAUAAUAUCUCACCAUUCUCAGCCUCCAAAAAAACCACAUAACUCACACAGCAACCCAACAUUUAAUAUACUUUAAUAAAAUAUCACAAUAUGAAUAAAUGGCAGUCACUUUCAAAGAACUUGUACAAUUAGCAGACCUGUUUACCCCCAAACUCUCAAAAUCGUACAAUAUCAUCACAAAUUUGUUCAACACAUUAUCUUGAUAGUAAAAAAAUAAAUGUGCAGUAUAUAUAAUGUAUACACCUCAAAAUCGUACGUUGUACGCCAAAAUAAUAAACAGGUCUGAAUUAGUUCUCUGUCCACAAAAGCAUUUAAAUAUAUAAAAACUAAAACAAGGACUAACCUUGACAAUAAUAUCAGACAAUUUGUUGUCUUGUUGUUGGUGUCCAGGAUAUGGCCAUCAAACUUUUACCCUUUUAUACCAACACUUAAAUCUAACACAGUUUCUCCCACUAGUACUGUAAGUCCUGCUAACAAACUUAGCCAAAAAGCUACAUAUACUAACAGGAUCACUGGCAACACUACAACAACAUUCAGCAUUCCCACUCGCUCGCGCCCCCCCCCCCCCUUACUGUCCAUCUGCAAACAACUAACCCUUAUGUAUCCCCACUCUUUGAAGUAUCCCCAUGUUUAUAAUCUGAUUAGCAUUCAGGUACUCCAGGUACUCUGACUCUUGUGUUCUCAUUUAUAACAAAAGACUCUCAGGGGCUCUAACACCUUGACAACUUCCCAGCAAUAUCCUUGUCAAUUAGAGUGUACUGUCUAUCCAUCAACUAAUUACACUGUCUUAUUGACAGCAACAGCCCCGUCCACCCAGCUAUACUCACCAGGGAGCUUACAAGGGCAGCAGCGUUGCAGGAAGCAGUGAAAGUAUUGGCAAUGUCAGCACAAUAGCCAAGGACAGUUCAACCAGUGAGUUAGCUCCCUGUUUCAUCUUUAAAGUCAUUACAGAAAAUCUUUUGUCUUCUCUACUAAACACUACAACUUUCAGUCAGUGAGUUGGCUCACUGUUAUUUAUAUCAGCUUCAUAGGAAACACUUAGCCAUUUUUAUGAAAUAGAUUUCUCAUAAGCCCCUGUUCCAGAUGGUAUUAUCAAGUUUCAUGUGUUGGAUUUAUGGAGAGGUGCUGAGAUUAUUUGGGACCAAAAAAUGUCUGGACAAGACGACACGAUGCAUGGAAAACACUGGUUGCGACCCUUAUAAUAAAUAAAUAGAAAAGGUUUUUUACAGUAUAUAGAUACGUAUAGAAAGUACAUCUGUGGAGUCAGUGUUUUUGAAUUCAGAGAUCAUCAUUCCUUAAAAAAUAUGUACAUACUUGCCAGGAGCUUUACAAAUAAUUUGAAUUGCUCCAUACUGAAGAAUGGGAUUGACAGGGUCUCAACAUGUUAAUUUGCUAUCAAUAUGUUUUUAGCUUGUAUGUAAUCCAUGGAUGGCCUCAUACAAGGUUCAGAACUCAUUGUAGGUUAUAAAAAAAAAUAAGCUGCCUUUUCUGUUUUUUGUAUUUUUACGUGUCUAAAAAAAAUUCAUAUUCUGGAAUUAAAUUGUUUUUAAAAAGAAGACUAUUUUUGUGUGAUCAUGAACGAGUCUGACCAUUGAAUACAGAUGAAUGAAAUAUCAUUUACAUUGAAGUUUCCAAAUAUAUUUAAUACAUCUGAUAAAUGUUCAUGAUGACAUUUAAAAACAUUAGAAUUAGAAGCAGAUGUAAUGGAGUUAUGCAUUUCAUGAUUUCAUCAUUUUAUUAUUAGGAAAUAGUUUUAUUUAAAAUGUGUAUCUUUGUUACCCAUGUAAAUAAGACAGGCAAAUGCUUUUGUUUGUGUGUUACCCAUGGUAACAAGAAAGACAAAUGUGUGUAAUUGUUUAUGUUACCCAUGGCAACACAAAAAGGCACAUUUUUUGUUAUAGGGUUAACUUGUUUUAUUUAGCCUCACAGCCCCAACAUAGUCAAGGUCAAAAAAGACAGAACACUACAUUGGGCGGAUUUUCAUCCUUCUCUCGAAAAUUCAGUCGCCCUCGAACAUUAUCUGUUCCUAAAUCAUCCAGCGAACCAAUGAGCCUUCAGACUGACAUUUCUCCUGGUAACAGCAUUAAUCUAUGUCUUUGAUGGUCCCUUUGUUUCGUUUCUAAUAAUUGUGCAUAACAACUGUUUUGCAUUUCCUUAUGAUUUCAUUGAUAGAUAAAGUCAUCUGAUUCACUGCUUAUAAUCUUUCCAGUAUAUGUAAAAUGAAAAAAAUGAAUUAGAGUUGUGAACAUUUACUUUUAAUAACAAUGAAGGAGAUAGCACCUGCAGUUUGAAAGUUGUUUUCUUUGUUGUUGCUUAUUGUAAUUUAAACACAUGUUUUUCUGGAGCUGCCCAUGCUUUCAAUUUACAAAAAGUGUCUACUCUCUAACAACUUUCUUGUAUUCUGUUAUUGCAGUAAUUAAAUGCUACAUUUAUUUUUUUAUUGUUAAUACAGAUUUUAUGUUGCUUUAUAGUGUUGAUAUGUUUCACUUACUUUGCUUACAGAUUUGUAAAAAUAUCUUGUUCUAAUCCCAGUUUUAUAUUUCUUAGUUCAAUGGCAUCCUAUUAAUUUUUUAAAACUAAAAAUUCAGUUGUUUUUUUCCUAAUAGCUUUGUUAUUUUGUUAAAUAAUCAAAAUGUUCUUCAGAACAGUGGUCCCCAUCCAGUGAUCAUUGAUCUCUAAAAUCACCUUUAUAGCAAAUGCUGAGAAUUUUAUAAUGAACAAGUUUAGAGCACUGCUAUUGAUAUAAAUUAUUUUAAACAUAAAUGAAUCUGAAAACUCAUUCCUCCUGCAGAUGCGGGCAUUUAAUAUGACCCUUGAUGAUGAAAAUGUUGGGGACCACUAGUUUAGAGCAUUGAUUGAAGGGAUACUUCUAUAAGCUUGUUAUUCAUUCAUGUUAUUCAGUGUUGUCUGAUUUUUACCUCAUGUCUUGAUUUGAAGAAAAAAAUGCUUAAUGUUUGCAUGACAUGUUUACUGGCCUAGAACUUGAUGCUUAAUUUAACAACAGCAACAAAAUGUUGUAUUUGAAUUUUAACAGGAUUAACAUUAUUUGAUGGGAUAUGAAUAAUUACACCCCCCAUCCCAACCACAUUUUUUUAAUACAAGAAAAUUAAAUUUUAUAACUAAUUUAAGAUGAAACAAAAAUCUAGCAUUGAAUUUUUAAAAAGUAUUAUUGAUAUAUAAAUGUCUAAAGUGAAAGAUAUUAAAAAAAAAUUUUUUUAAAUUUUUAAUGAAGACAAGAAUGAGUUUUGUAAUUUCCUUUGAUUAAAGCUAACAAGUUUUUUCCCUGUCACAUAGAAACAGCCAACAACCCAAUAGGAUCCACAGUAAGCCUGUCUCAAGUGGAGGAGUCCAUGUUUAGACACAACCCAGCUGCAAGUCUUGCCAGAAUGGAAGCGUCCAAUCUGAGAUCUGCCCAGUCCAGUCCAGGUGUUCACCAUUCCAGCAUGUUUCCUUUGACGCCAGGUAUGCUUCAUGUUUGCCUCCUGCCACUAAUAUAUAAAACAAAGAUCAACUGUAACAUUUAAGAACCCAAUUAUUUUUUUACCAAGACUUCCAAAACUCAAUCUGACAUAACCUACUUAUGAUGUAAACUCUCACUCAUAAUUAUGUUUAAGCAAAGUGAAUUUCAUGGGAUGAAAAUCAGAGGUAGAGGCAGAAGUGGGUUUCAUUCUAAUAUUACUCAGAUAUGCAGAAAAGCUUUGUUUUGGUUGUUCUUUUCAGGACUUUUAAGUUCUAGAAUAAAGCUAAAACUUUCUUUUUCCACUAUGUCUACAUAGCAGUGAUAGCAUGCUUUCAUUCUCAAGAUGUUUGAUUUACAUAGAAAUAUUUAUGUCAGAAUAUGCAGCUAUUCAAUUUAUUUCAAAUGCUAUGUCUAUAUAUUAAAUAUAUUUUUACCAUCAACUGCCAACUUCUGUAAUACUUGAUAUCUUUGUUUCCCAGAUGACACAUCACUGGCCAGCAGUCCAACAAAGUCCAAAGGAAAGCAGAAAAAAAUGUCCAAAUUGGUGAGUUCCAGUUUGUAAAAAUUUUUGUUAGCUGAUAUCUUCUAAAAAAUAAAAAUAUUUAUUGUCAUUCAACAACACCUAUGCAGUUUAACUGUUAAAAAAAAUACUUCUGAGGCUCACAUUUCAUUAAUUAAAUAACAAAAAAAAGUAUACGUUAUUUCAUAUAUUUUAUAUUUUUUAAACUAUAUUUCAUAUUUUAUAAUUUAUAAUAUUUUAUAGUUAAUAACUAUAUUUUAUAGAUUAUAACUCAGAAAUUUGUUGAAAUGGAUGCAUGCAAAUUAAAAAUUUAUCAAAAAUAUAAACUUUGAAUAGUAAUGGGUAGACACAAUUUUGCUAAAUUUAACUUUUAAAAUUAAAACAAAAAAAAAAGUAAAAUUUGAAAAUUCUAAACCACAUUGAACUCAUUUGUAAACCACAUGGAACUCAUUUGUCUAAAAUUUAAAUAGGUUACCCGAAAUCUGAUCAAAAGAAAUUUCGUCGACUGAAAAUUGAUAGACGGAAAUUUGAUCAAACGGAUAUUUGGUCGAAUCUUUUUUUCACUUCACACGUUAAUAUUUUCGUCAAAUUUUUUUGAGCGCACUAUACUAUAUACUAAAACAAAAUAAUGCGUUCCAAAAGAAAUUUGAAGUAAAAUUUUAACGUGUGAGCUGAAAGAAAGAUUAAACCCAAUUUCUGUAUGAUCAAAUUUCCGUCGACGAAAUUUAUUUCGAUCAAAUUUCCUGAUACAAUUUAAAUUACAUUGAGCUAUUAUUAUUUUCAUGAUUCUAGGAAAAAGACCUUCAAGAACAAGUGAUGAGACUCCAAGGGGAACAAAAUGACAUCAACUCUAUGUGCAGAUAUUGUGCAAGUAAACUUGAUGUACACAUUGGUGAGUUACUGCAUAUAUUAUGGUAGUAAACUUGAUGUACACAUUUGUGAGUUUACAGCAUAUAUUGUGCUAGAAAACUUGAUGUACACAUUGGUGAGUUACAGCAGAUAUUAUGCUAGUAAACUUGAUGUACACAUUGGUGAGUUACAGCAGAUAUUAUGCUAGAAAACCUGAUGUAGAAAUUGUGUGAGUUGCAGCAGAUAUUCUGCUAGAAAUCUUGAUGUGCACAUUGGGUGAGUUACAUCAGAUAGUGUACUAGAAAACCUGAUGUGAACAUUGGUGAGUUACAGCAGAUAUUAUGCUAGAAAACUUGAUGUACACAUUGGUUGAGGUACAGCAGAUAUCCAUUUCUUUGAAAUAAAUCUUGACUGAACUAUUUACAGUACUGAUACUGUAAAGUCUACUCAUUUCUACCUAACAUAGAUGACAUCAUACAAUGAUGAAUGAAAUAAAAUGAGUAAAACAGAGUAGGGUUAAACCUGAAAAAAUAAACGCAACAAAACAGCGAACGUGUCGGCAGAAAGCCUUCGUCAGCGAACAAAACAACAGAAAAAACGGUAUAAAAAUAAGAAAUAGCACUUAGCUGGUAAGUAGUAUCUGUGGGCAGCAAUAGAAAAUGAUGAAUGAAUAGCGAUGUUAAAAUAUUAAAUGAAAUGCUUGUUGCAGAAAUAACAUAUUAAGAUAUUACAAAGAAAUCAAUCUGAAAAUUCAUCAUGAAGAUUGACUGGGACAUUCCUGUAUUAUUAUUUUAUUAAUCUAAUUUAAGUUAGAUAAGAUUAUUUUAUUGAUCCAAAUAAAUGCCAAUAUUCAUUAUUAGCAUAAAAAAAACCAACAAAAAAAAAACCCAGACAGUAAAUAUUCUAAUGAAGAAAACAAUUUUAAUGUAAGAAAUUUUGGAGUAUUAUCCUAGCCCAAAAACCAGUCAUCAUAUGUCUUAAACCCUCAAUUCUCUUCUUAACACAUUGACUUUAAGAGUGUUUAUUUGAUUUAUAACAGAUUUGUACAGAUGAAAUAAAGCUUUUUUAUUUAUCCUCACAGGUCGACUGCAGCAAGAACUGUCCAGGCAGAACUUUGAGAUUGAUGAUGACAUAAUGGUUUCAUUGGCCGGGUUAAAACUUGUGAGUGGUUGUGUGAAGUGACUGUACUCUUUGUUUGUCUUGGUUCAGAAUUAUAAAUGUAUUGAUGAUAAGUUGAGCAGGAAUAUGAAUUAACCAAUUAUUUGGUUUCAACAAAUUUACAUUGGCAUCACCCGAUCAGUCAUCACCCAUUUUCUUCAUCUUUCUACUUCAUCUUUCAUCUGCCCAUCCUGUCAUCAGCCCACCUGUCAUCUUCUUCUUCUUCUAUAUUUUGAGGGCCCAUGAUCAAUUUAUUGAUCAUUCUGGCUCCUAUUUUUCAGAGGGGUUCGCGAUGUAACUGUGCAUGGUUUUGAACGGGAUACCUCACUGAUGGCAGGGGCUACUCAGCGAUGAUAUUAUGAACUGGGGGUUGGAACUUACAUCUUACAUCACUCACAAGUUUUCUAGCAUAUGAAUAAAAACUAAGAAAGUUUGAUCAACAUAAUUUUAUAUUUUAUAAUUUUAUAGUUUUUUAUAUUUCUGUUUCCAGGUUCGAGAUAUUCUGAACGGAACACUGAAAUUCUCCCAGAAUAUUGCCGCUGAUGACGAGGAGAUACAGAUUAAUGACGAUUUCUAUGGCAAUCAAAAUGGAGAUGGCUUUAAUUCUGGUACUGGUGUUACCUCCCCUGAUUCUGAUAUUCUUUUAGGUGCUACUUCUGCCGUUGAUGAAUUCUCCAAAAUGUCAUCUGUUCAACGGGGCAGAUUAUUUUACAUGAGCAGUGACGAGGUGAGCUCCCCUGAAUCGGGGCCAACAACUGCAACAAAUAUUGCAGGUAAAAUUAAAGGAUUGACCACCGCAGAGCUGAAUCACGAGGACAACUUGGCAAGUGGGGAAAACUUAUAUUCUCGAGAUAAGAAGAACAAUAACCCUGUGCAGUUUAGUUCCAAAAUCAGAGGUCUUUUUAAAUCAGAUUCGUCGAGCCCAAAGCAGACUCAAGCUAGUUCCACUGUGGCUGGGUCUAAGCCUGGCACAGCGUCCAAUGUUGAACAUCAGCUGCAGCAAACUUUUAAAAGUCCUCCAAACCAGCAGCAGCGACGAGCCAGCCAUUCCGAGAAGGAAAUGAUAUCUUUUGAUUCAAGACGCCGUGCCAAAUCAAACAUGGAGACGCAGUCUCAGUACUGGCCAGAUUUUGCAAAUGCCGGGAGUGAGCAUGGCUCACCCAAGGGACACUAUUUUGAUGUACCAGACAGUCACAGGAGGAAUGAUGACAGGAGGAGGGAAGAGCACCUCGGUAGGGAGAGGUCGAAAAGUCAACCGACAACUUCCAUCAACCUCUACCGUGGAGCAUACAACGGAGAGGAUGAGGAUUAUGCAGUGAAUCCGUUGUACAAGCUGCACUACCACCAGAAUAUGGAGCACUGAGGCUGUUAUAAACCUGGGCACAGCAUGAGAACAUCGUGCUCGGCCCACCAUCAGAGAACUGAUAUUGUCAAACACCUGGCUUACCUUUGAGUUUUUUUGUUGUUGUUAUGGGACUAGCUUAGUAUCAUUGUUGUACCUUGAAGUCUGUGGCAAAGGAAAUGAGUUUUAAUUAUGGUUUUGUUUCAUUAAAAUAUUUUUGUAAUGGCACCAAACAGACUAUUCUGCCUCAAGCCAGCUACAUGGGAUUAUUUUCAAAAGUGCAAGUAUCACAUUACCUACACACAUAUACAAAUAUGUAUAGUUAAGAAUUUACCUAAACAGCUAUCCAAAUAUAUAAUACAUUGAAAUUGUCUAUUAAAAAUGAGAUAUUCUUUAAAUUUCCUGAAAAAGUUAAGAAUGUACAUAAACUGCACCUGACAGGUCGCUGUAAAUUCAAGGUGUGUUCUUCAGGAGCACUCACCUGAAACAGCUGUACAUUCUAAGUGUGUACUUCAGGAGCACUCACCUGAAACAGCUGUACAUUCUAAGUGUGUACUUCAGGAGCACUCACCUGAAACAGCUGUACAUUCUAAGUGUGUACUUCAGGAUCACUCACCUGAAACAGCUGUACAUUCUAGGUGUGUACUUCAGGAGCACUCACCUGAAACAGCUGUACAUUCUAGGUGUGUAUUUCAGGACCACCCAGCAUUGCCAUAAUGCAGUGAUAUUGAGAGAAGUUUGAAGCUUUGAAUGUACUAAAAAAUCUCAUUCUACUAUGACAACUGCAUAUUCAAAGAACCUGUCAAGCAUUUUGUGUAUGGCUGUGAGUGUUGUACAGUAAUAAAAUUCCUUAUCUUUCUUGGUAGUUCAUAUAAUUUCUUAUGAAAAAGAAGUAUUUGCUUGUCUGUAGUGUCUUGUAAUUGAGAACUGAAUUUCUGUACAAAUUGCAUUGCCGUCUUUUAAAGCUAUCACACGUGAGCUGUGUCAAGCUCCAUCGUCCAUUGUUUUAAUUUGUUUUGGCAUUACAGCACUGUUAGAAUAUGUAAAAUGUGCAGUGUUCCAAUAUGUAAGAUAUGGCCUGGCAUUACAGCACUGUUAGAAUAUGUACAAUGUGCUCUGUAGAAUAGUAAGAUGGGACAUUACAGCACUAAUAGAAUAUGUCAGAUGUGCUCUGUAGAAUAGGUGAGAUGUGGCAUUACAGCACUGUUAGAAUAUGUAAAAUGUGCACUGUUCCAAUAUGUAAGAUAUGGCGUGGCAUUACAGCACUGUUAGGAUAUGUACAAUGUGCUCUGUAGAAUAGGUAAGAUGUGGCAUUACAGCACUGUUAGAAUAUGUAUGACGUGGUGUUACUGUGCAGCACUGUAUACAUGUUAUAAGACCUUUGAUUAGGCUGUGCCAAAAUGCUGUAUACCUAGUAUUCAUUCACAACUGUGCAGCCAAGUGGGGAAGAAAUAGUGUGCAAAUUUGUAAUGGCCCCCCAGAGCAAGAUAAUUGGUUGUUGGACAUACAGUUUAUUAAUAAUAGAAAAUACUUAGUUUAGCCGCACAUUAUCUUUUAUUUUAGUUUCAGUACAGCUGAUUUUGUUGUCAAGCAUAAAAUGGCAUUGUAUCAACAACAAAUAGAAUUAUGGGAAAACACUAGAAAAGAUCUCCGUGCUAAUGUAAACAACUUUGUCACAAUUUCAGCAUUGACCACCUUACCUCAUCAUUGUAUCACCAUCCAAGUGAACUUGUAGCACUGCUUGUAGACAACCCCUUUGCCCCUACAAACCCAUUCUAGCACUACUAAUAGACGUAUCAACAUUGCCCCAUCAAACCCAUUCUAGCACUGCAAGUAGACAUCGCCAUUGCCCCAUCAAACCCUUCAAUCACCAGAAGAUGGUAGCAUGACAAAAGCAGAUAUUGGUAUUACCCAAAAGCUUUGUUAUUGGCUUCCUUCAGUUAUAGCACAAAUUAGUGUUUGAAUUAACCUAAAGUCCCCUUGGCUAGUCAUCUCUGCUCUACAUGACAACGUGAACUAUUUUAUUUUCACAAUAUCCAAUUUUAUUUUAUAAAUUAAUUUUAUGAGUCAGGUAUUUAGUUUUAUUUUUACCUUGAAGCCAUGAAGCAUUUUCUCUCAUGUAAAGGUAAAAAUCAAAUGAGUUUUGUGUGUUCAUUGAAUACAUUUUUGAUUUUAAUGCUCCUCUGCAAUUACUGAUCUCAGUUAUUUAUGUUUAUGAUUUAACCCAGAAAGUUUUUGUCUGUUGUCAUCUUUUGUCUUGCUACUUCUCUAUUCCAAAUUGCUGAGACCUCAUCAUCAGACAUGAAUGAAUCGUGAUAAUUUAAAGGUUUAGUAAGAAAGUGCUCAUAACUAUUUCAGUUUACAUUAUCUAAACGAGAAGCUCCUAACUUGUGCAAGGGGCUCCGCAUGCAGUUCUCAGGGGCUCCGCAUGCAGUUCUCAGGGGCUCCGCUGACGCUCCAGAAACUCCUAUCCUAUUAAAUUGUAAGACAUAGAGUAGACAAAGGGCUCCUCCAUAGAAAUUGAAUCUAAAUCUAAAAAGGGCUCCUCGAGGCAGAAAGAUGGGAACCACUGAUAAACUAUCAUUUUAUCACAUUUUAUCCAGGAUGAUUGUUUUCAGUUACCAGUCUCCCACAAGAAUAACUAUUGCUAUUCAUGGGUCACAAUUAUGAUGAACAAGUCAAGCACACAAAGAGUCAAGAUUUUAAAGAAAUCAAAAUUUAGUGCUGCAAAAUUUUUGUUCACCUGUGUGCUAUUUAAUUAAAAUUUACUAUAGGUCCUUUCAGAAAUGUUGAUGUAAGAUAACUAAGGAAAGCAUUUUGAUCUUAAAGACCUUUUAGGGACACAGGUUUGCUUGAAGUAUUUUUUUCCAUAAUGUCACCAUGGAAAUAGGAGCCCUGUCAUUUUUUGGCAUUGUGCUCAAGUGGUCUAGACUAUAAUCAUUUAACAUGAUCAAGGAUGUGUAAGCAAGUGAUAUAAGGUAUUCCUAAGUAAGCAUUCCUUUGUUGAUUUGUAAAGAUUAUUUCUGUAAACAGUAUUGUUCUAAAAAUGAUAUCUUGCUUUAUAUGUUAAAUCAUAUGUACUUUGGGUUUUAAAACAAUAAUUAUAUUUCUGUACAUUUAACAGUAAUUAUAUUUCUGUACAUUUACCCGCUGUGAGUAGAGUGAGGAUGGGACCGUGUUCUCUAUUCAAAAUGUUUGGUCAUUUCAAGUGUAGAUAUUUUUUUUGUGUGGUUUUUUAAUGGUUACAUUUUUUUUAUUCCAUGUGGUGUAUAUUGCGUGUGUUAUAAUUGGCAUAAUAUAUAUAUACAUAUAUAUAUGCAACGGUACAUUUAUUGUCUUUUGCUGUCAAUUAGCUGUUUGUAAAUAUUUCAAUGGCUGUAAUACACAAAGAGUUUUUGAGUCUUUGAAAUAAUUGUUGUGCUAAUUCGGUUACAAUAACUUGGUUUUGAACAAACUGUAACUGAGUGAUAUGGUGAGAUUCAUUUUAUACAAGCAAAGUAAUAUUAAAUAAAUUUCCUUUCACUUUCCGGUAAUAGCAUUAUCUGAACAUGUGAUUUUCAAGCUUAUUUUAUGUGACAUGCCCACACAACUGAAUUCAUGGAAACAAGUUUAAACUUAUCUUAAAAGUUUAGGUCCCAAAAGAUAAUUUUUGAAAAUAAAUUAAAAAAAAAAAUAUUUAGUUAGUUUGUUUCAUCUUUUAAACAAAAGGAUUAAAUUCAAUAAAAAUCAAUUUCAAUUGUUGUGCUGGCCUUUUUAAACAUACCAUCUCAAGCAUUUCUGGGCAAUCCCAUCAAUUUCAAGGUGCCAUAUAUAUAUUUAUUGUUUGGCCAAUAUUUAAUCUUAAUGGUUUUAGUUUUGACUUUGCGAGCUUGUGAUUUGUUUCAGCUCCUCUGAAUAGUUUAAUGAUCUAUUAAAUAAGUGUAGUAUGAAGGUGCCUGUCUGUAGCUGUACAUUUAAUCACAAGGAUGAUGACACUCUGAUAAAAAGAUAAAAAAAUAAAGCUCACUAAAAUAGCUGCAAACAGAGACACGUUUCAUUUCAAGUUCAGACUGGUGCUGACACAGCCGCGGCCAUAUUGCGUUAUAUAUUGUUACCUUUAUCUAACUUAUUGAAAAUGUAAUUUGGAAUUAGUUACUUCAUAACUGGUUGGUUAAUUUAUUUUUUAAAAAUUCAAGUGAAUCAUGAAUGUCAUAACUUAAGAGAAACUGUUUCUAAGCUUAGCAAAAUAAAUGAGGAAAUCUCUUAGGGCUAAUUCUAAAACAAUUUUGAUAAAUUACGAAAGUGAGGAUGAAUAAAUUUAAAACAUUAUUCGUAAAAGUUACCAUCCAGGUGUUCUUUAUCAUUAAUCAUUAAAAAAAAAAAACAGGUUAUGUCAGGAAAAUGGGGUUCCUCUGGAUUUAUUAGAAGAAAGCAAAAGAACAAUUACAAAAUUUUACAUUUUCUCAUGGCACUGAAAUAAAAUGCUUCUCUCUGUGUCUGAGUACCAUGCUAGUCAUUUGCGACCAUUAGCCAGCAUUUUCAUUGAUUUUAGAACCAAAUGAAUUGUUAUGAUUGAGAAGCCCCUCAUUUUGAGUGUGUUCAAUUGAAUUGCAUUUUAAAAAUUAAUUAUUGUGAUUUUUGUAUAACCAAUUACAAGUGAAUUUCAAUUUGUUGUACAGGGCCAAAUAAUUUGUUUUAUCUGUGAUUUGCUGUAACAUUCAGUUAUGGCCAGUUGAUUUGCUGAGAAAUUUAUUUAC